AUGGGUCUCAAUGAUUUUAGGAUUGUCUUUGACAAUCCUUGGAGUACAUAUUAUCCUGGACAAACGGUCACUGGUCGAGUGAUCGUUGUCUUGGAUGCUGUAAAAAAAGUUCGAGGUAUUACUGUCAAAGUAAAAGGAGAAGCUAAUGUUUGCUGGGCGACUGACAGGCAAGAAUUAAACAACGAAGGAAAGUACGAUAAUGAAACACAGACAGUUACUGGGCAUGAAGAAUAUUUUAAUAUGGAGUAUUACUUACUCGGAUCACCUUCAGGCUCAGAAAUAGAAUUACCUAUAGGCGAACAUUCGUAUCCAUUUCAAUGUCCACUGCCGCCGAAUUUACCCAGCAGUUUUGAGCAUGACCACGGAUAUGUUCGUUAUACCGUCAAAGCUUCGAUAGACCGUCCUUGGAAAUUUGAUCACCAAGUUAAAAUAGCAUUUACUGUUGUGUCUAACUUUGAUCUCAACAAAGAAGCUAGAGCACUGGAGCCAGUUAAUUUAGAAAUGUCAAAAACUUUUUGCUGCCUCUGCUGCGGGUCUCCUCCGCUUAAAGUAAACAUCAUGAUGCCAGUAAAAGGAUACGUUCCAGGUCAGGCAAUGAUGAUCCGCGUGAAUGUUGAAAACCACUCAGGAAUAGUAGUGGACACAAUUAAAUUAAUUCUGAGGAAGAUAGUAACUUUUAAAGCGAAUAACCCGCGGUUUGAGACAAAAACGGAGAAAAUUAUGAUCGCUGAAGUAAGUAAAGGCCCAGUAGAAGGUAAUGCUACGUCAGAUUAUCAACAAAAGCUAGAUAUACCGCCUUUACCGCCCUCGAAUCUUACAAACUGUGGGAUUAUUGAUUUAGAGUAUAAUCUUAAAAUUGAAGCUUGUGUUGCUGGAUGGUAUCACAGAAAUCUAAAGCAAAAUAUGCUAGUAUUUAUUGGCACAAUUCCACUGGCAAGUUACCAAAAUUCAGUGAUGCCACCCACAAGUCCAAGUAAAGUUCCGAUGCCAGGAAAUCCAGGUGCAGAUCCAACUUACGGUGGGUACCCGAGUGGAUAUCCUGAGUUUUCCCCUGACAAUGGAAACCCAGCACCUCCCUCAGCUCCACCUGAUUAUAACUCUGACUCUCCCGCUCAGUUACAAACAAACCAUAAUACAUACCCCAAUUUGCCUCCUCCGGCUUAUGAAGAAUAUGGUUGGUCAAUCCGCAGUAUCAGGGAUGCUGGAGAAUCAGAUCAAGUUAUGGGUCUUCGAGGACACUAUGCGCCGCGUUAUCCAAAAUGGGACAGCCCAGGGGACUGA